UAUCAGCUUCAAUGUGAGCUCAGAAAAUUAGCAAAGCAAACAACAGAGAGAGGGAGAGAGAGAGUGUGUGGUGCAAGAUGCAAUAUUAUAAGGAAGAAUACAGAGAGGGAGGGGAGAGAGAGAGGGGAAAUUAGUUUAUAAUGUGGGAUGGUAGUGAUGGGGAGACAAGAGCGUAUCUCUGAAAAUCCAAAAAAUUCGAUUCAGUUUGGUUGCCUUAAAAAAAUAGAGCAUAAAAAGUCAUCAAAGCUACUAUUUUACGCUGAAAAAAUAAAAAAUAAAGAAAAAAUCCUCAGAUCAGGACGACCCAAUACUCCUUUUCUAUUAGACAUUCAUUGUACUGCAUCAAGCCACCAUCUUUCUAUAAUUGUUAGAGGUGAAGAUCGUUUCUUUCAAGACCCCCAUUUCUUAUUUCUUAUUUCUUUUGGUUCUCUCUCUAGAAUUCUCUCUAUCUCUCUCUCAUCAAACUCUUGUGGUGUGCAUUCCUGUGUUGUGUGCUGAGCUUAGCUGUGUGUUUUGAUUAUUAUAUGGUGGGAAAACAGUGAACGUGCUUCUUCUUUGUCUGGAAGCCUCUAACUAAGCUUCACGCUUUGAGAUGGCAUGAUUGGAGCUCUCUGUGUUUUUUUAUUCCUUAAAAAACGAUUUUUUGUUUAGCAUUCACAGCCUGAGACAGACCAUUUUCUAGAGAGAGAGAGAGUGAGGAGAGAGAAAUACAAAGACUACUUUGGAAUUUGAGCUUUGUUUUCCUUUCCCCAUCUUUUGAGAGCCAUGCUUGUCUCUGUGAAUUGAGAAAGAAUCCUUCUUUUCGAGUUCUGGGUCUCUCUCUCUCUUUACCUUUUACAAUAGUACGAUGGGGUUUCAGUGAGAGAGGGAAGAAGAAAGUCCACACCCCCACAGUAGGAGAUAUAUUUCUUCAUUUGCUCGUAUUUUGCUUGUGCUUUCAGAAAAAAAGUUUCUGAAAAAAUAAGCACUUUUAAGAACGUGGGUUCUCUUUUUUUAAGAUUAGUUAUGAGAUGAGUAAAGAGGAAACAAGAAGAAGAAUCAAAGAAAUUGGUCUAGUGCUGAUGGGUGGGAAGACGAAGAUGCAGCGGCACCACUCAGUGGCUGUGAGGUUGAAUGAGCAAAUGGGGGCCAAAAAAGGCUACACCUUUGUGCAGGCACACAGGGCUUGGUUCCCAAAACUGUUCCUUCUUUGGGUUGGUGUGAUGCUUCUCUUGGGCUGGUUAACCUACUCUUGCAUGGAUGCUGAUAACAAAGUGAGAAGGGUAGAAGUUCUUGGUAGCAUGUGUGAUCAGAGGGCAAGAAUGCUGCAGGAUCAGUUCAGUGUUAGUGUUAAUCAUGUGCAUGCCCUUGCAAUCCUUGUUUCCACAUUCCAUUACUACAAGAACCCUUCUGCAAUUGAUCAGGAAACAUUUGCUGAAUACACUGCCAGAACCGCCUUCGAGAGGCCUCUUUUGAGUGGGGUGGCCUAUGCACAGAGAGUGCUUGAUUCGGAUAGGGAAAAGUUUGAAAACCAACAUGGAUGGACAAUAAAGACAAUGGGGAAGGAACCAUCGCCCAACCGAGAUGAGUAUGCGCCUGUAAUUUUUUCACAGGAAACCGUCUCUUACAUUGAGUCACUUGAUAUGAUGUCUGGGGAGGAGGACAGAGAAAACAUUUUGAGGGCUAGAGCUACUGGAAAAGCUGUUCUAACAAGCCCAUUUAGGCUGCUGGGUUCUCAUCAUCUUGGUGUUGUAUUGACUUUCCCCGUUUACAAAUCGAAGCUGCCUCCAAACCCAACUGUGGAGCAGCGCAUUCAGGCGGCUGUUGGGUACCUUGGUGGUGCCUUUGAUGUUGAGUCCCUUGUGGAGAAUUUGCUUGGCCAACUUGCGGGGAAUCAAGCCAUUCAGGUUUAUGUGUAUGAUGUUACAAACACUUCUGAUCCCCUAAUCAUGUAUGGUCACCAAUACCAAGAUGGUGACACAUCUCUUCUGCAUGAAAGCAAGUUGGAUUUUGGAGAUCCUUUCCGGAAGCAUCAGAUGAUAUGUAGAUAUCAUCAGAGGGCACCCACGUCGUGGACAGCAAUUAACACUGCAUUCUUGUUCUUUGUGAUUGGGUUUUUAGUUGGCUAUAUCUUAUAUGGGGCAGCAAUGCACAUUGUUAAAGUUGAGGAUGAUUUCCGUGAAAUGGAGGAAUUAAAAGUUCGAGCAGAAGCUGCUGAUGUUGCCAAGUCCCAGUUUCUUGCUACUGUUUCUCAUGAAAUAAGAACGCCCAUGAACGGAAUCCUAGGAAUGCUUGCCUUGCUUUUAGAUACAGCUUUAAGUUCGACCCAGAUGGAUUAUGCUCGAACAGCUCAAGCUUGUGGAAAGGCUUUGAUAACAUUAAUAAAUGAGGUGCUUGACCGGGCAAAGAUUGAUGCUGGCAAGUUAGAGCUGGAAGAAGUUCCAUUUGGCAUUCGGUCAAUACUAGAUGAUGUUCUAUCUUUAUUUUCUGAAAAAUCUAGAAAUAAGGGUAUAGAGCUAGCAGUAUUUGUGUCCGAUAAAGUUCCAGAAAUUUUUAUGGGAGAUCCAGGGAGAUUCAGACAGAUAAUUACAAAUCUAGUGGGCAACUCUAUUAAAUUCACUGAACGAGGACAUAUAUUUGUCAAAGUUCAUCUAGCUGAGCCCUCAAAGGUGAUGAUAAAUGGGAAAUCAGAGACUUACUUGAACGGAGGAACAGAUGAAGGUGUGCUGACAUCCGAUGGCCAUCAGUUUAAAACUUUAAGUGGGUAUGAAGCAGCAAAUGACUGGAAUAGUUGGGAUAAGUUUAAGCAUCUGGUGUCUGAUGAAGAAGACAGAGCUGAUGUUGUUGAAGCUUCUGAGCAGGUCACGUUAAUGGUUUCUGUGGAGGAUACGGGGAUAGGUAUACCAUUAGCUGCCCAGGAACGUGUUUUUAUGCCCUUCAUGCAGGCAGACAGUUCAACCUCUAGACAUUAUGGAGGAACUGGUAUUGGCUUGAGCAUCAGUAAGUGUCUGGUUGAACUGAUGGGUGGUCAGAUAAAAUUUGUAAGUCGACCUCGUGUCGGGAGUACAUUUUCUUUCACCGCUAAUUUUAGGAGGUGCAAGAAAAAUGCAUUUAGUGACAUGAAAAAACCUAAUCCUGAGGAUCUACCUUCUAGUUUUAGAGGAUUGCGAGCAAUAGUAGUUGAUGGAAAACUUGUGAGAGCUGCUGUAACCAAAUACCACUUAAAGAGACUUGGAAUCCUUGUGGAAGUUGCGAGCAGCAUCAAGAUGGCUGUUGCUUCAUGUGGAAGAAAUGGUGCUGCGGCAUCCGGGAAAAGUAUCGAGCCAGAUAUAGUUCUAGUUGAGAAGGAUUCAUGGAUUUCUGGUGAAGAACAUGAUCUUAAUGUGCAGAAAUUGGAUUGGAAACAGAACGGUCAUGCGUUUAAGCUGCCAAAAAUGAUCCUUCUUGCAACCAAUAAUCUUAGUCAAGCUGAAUCUGAUAAGGUAAGGGCAGCUGGUUUUGCGGAUACGGUAAUUAUGAAACCUUUGAGGGCUAGUAUGGUGGCUGCGUGUCUUCAAGAGGUCCUGGGCAUAGGAAAGAAGAGGCAACCAGGGAGAGUGGUGCCUAAUGGAUCUAACGUCCUCCAAAGUCUGCUCUGCGGGAAGAAAAUUUUGGUGGUUGAUGACAAUUUGGUAAACAGGAGAGUUGCUGCAGGUGCACUAAAGAAGUUUGGUGCUUAUGUAGAGUGCGUUGAUAGUGGCAAAGCUGCAUUGGCAUUGCUUCAAUUACCGCACAAUUUUGAUGCUUGCUUCAUGGAUAUUCAAAUGCCUGAAAUGGAUGGGUUUGAGGCAACACGCAGAAUCCGGCAGAUGGAGAGCAAGGCAAAUGUUGAGAUGAAUGGUGGAUUUGAAGCACUCGCAAGAAAGGGUGACUGGCAUUUGCCUGUGUUAGCUAUGACGGCGGAUGUUAUUCAUGCCACCUAUGAUGAGUGCCUGAAGUGUGGGAUGGAUGGAUACGUCUCAAAGCCCUUCGAGGAAGAGAAUCUCUAUCAAGCCGUUGCCAAGUUCUUCAAAACUUAAAACAGCCUCAGACUCACAGCAAGAGUUGUCAAAACUCAACCUGCGGACAUCUUUGUUGGUCGGAUGUUACCAGCAAUUUUUUGAUAUUCUGCAGAGACAAACGCCGGCUGUCGGUCCUAGAAUUUUGAUGAUUCGUAAUGGCUUGAAUACAGGUUCGAGGAAUCAUUUCUAACUAAAAUUUUAACUCGAUUCGGUAUAUCCACGCACAUGUAUACUAGUACAAACCUCCAUUUCCCACUUCGUAUGUAUAGUAGUAGGAUGAUCCUUAGAAAAGGGGAGGAGCAAAAUGUGUAAAUGUUAUAUUUUUUUUGUAUGCCUUGUUUGAAUCUUUCUUCUGAGUUCUGUGGAAAAGGGUUUCAAUGCCUUCGAUUUGUACCA